AUGGCAACAUGCCGGUUUUUUAAUAAACAUGUCGGAAAGUGGUUGUGCAUUGUGAACUUGUGAAAAUAAUCUAUUACUCGAUACAUAUUUUUCAAAUAAAUACAAUCUUAGGUUAAAUAUAUCUACACUUGUGUUGGUGAGGGUAAUGUACAAAUGGACGAAAUGUGGUAGAAGAGGAUUGAAGCUCUAACAUCUUUAACGAAAACAGGCCAAAUCAACAUUUAUUUUUAGUAAGGCUGCCUAUUUGCGCUUUGCAGUUCGGAGCAUCUAACACGGAGUUUGAAUUAUUAUCAUAACACAAAUUGUACAUAUUCUGGAUGGGUUCCUUUGUCUUCUAUUGAUUGCAUUUUGGGAUACAUAUAGUUAUUAGAAUUGUCACAGUGGUUGGCCAAAAAAUUGUAAAUUAUCGGAUAACGCAAGCCCACAAGAUGGCCGACUGUUAUUCGUAAGAUAAUGUCUGGUGCAUCUGGUUCAUCAGGAAGUGGCACAGGACGCGGCAGGGGCGGAGGCAAUUCAAGCGGAGCUAUUGGGGAGAAUAAACCGGAAUCUAAGGAGAAUAAACCAAAUCCAAAAAUGUCGAAAGCACUUGGUACGUCUGCAAAAAGGAUUCAAAAGGAACUGGCUGAAAUCACUCUGGACCCUCCACCAAAUUGCAGUGCGGGACCAAAAGGUGAUAACCUGUAUGAGUGGGUUUCUACAAUCCUUGGACCACCAGGCUCAGUGUAUGAAGGUGGAGUCUUCUUUCUCGACAUUCAUUUCUCAGCAGAAUACCCUUUCAAACCUCCUAAGGUGACAUUCCGAACAAGGAUAUACCAUUGUAACAUCAACAGCCAGGGAGUGAUCUGUCUAGAUAUUCUUAAAGACAACUGGUCACCAGCUUUGACUAUCUCAAAAGUUCUUCUGUCCAUAUGCUCACUGUUGACUGAUUGUAAUCCAGCUGAUCCAUUAGUGGGCAGUAUUGCAACGCAGUAUCUUCAAAACAGAGAAGAACACGAUCGUAUCGCGCGCCUCUGGACCAAGCGCUAUGCGACAUGAUUGCUUUGCCUGCUACAUGGAAAACUAUCAUACUCAAUACCACUCUGUUUUAACUCCAUCCUGUUCACGUUAAUAUAAGCUAACAUUACCCAUUUACUGGUAUGCAUGUUUUUCAAUUGUUUUUUCGAAACACUUCUUAUUUUAGAUAUUUCUAAAUAUUACGAAAGUCUAUAAUAUUUAAAAGUAACUAUUUACAAUUUAAAACAUUGAAAAAAGUGCGUACCUUUAGAAUGGCUUGUCAAUAUUUAGUUGCAAUUAAUGUGAAUUUUUAUCGCUUCGAAACGGUAUGACUAUUAUUUUAGGCGACGAGUUUUUUAGUUAUAAUUUUUUUUUUGACCUAUAUCGCCCGUGUUAUACGAAUACUGCGAUAGGUUAAACGAAACAUAUAUCUACAUAGGCUUAAAAGUGAUUGGGUCAAUUUAUGCCACAAUUAUGUGUCGAUCUCAAACACUUGUAACUCGUACUAUUUAAGUAUCUCUCCCAAAUAUUUCAUGGGAAUUAGUAGCAUUCGUUUACUGCAGGGUGUACUGAUUGCUUUUAUAAUUGGUUGGUAUAGAUAUGUGAUUUGGAUGGUUAAUUAUAAGAUUAUUAAAUAACUACUCGACUGCCAAUGAAUUGUCUCGUUUGUAUCAAUCAAUCACUUUGUCGGUACAUAACUAAACUAUUUAAUAGUUACUACUCUUAUGUGCAAGUACAUGAAGCAAUGUCUCUCAUUGUUAAUUCGAUGUUUCCAAAUAUUUGCCAAUAAUUUCAAGUUAUGGAUGUAUCUUUAAUUUGUUUUAAUAAAUGAAUCACUUUUAGUGUACAAAAAAAUAAUUAAAAUGAUGUAUUUUUUAAAGUUGUCAUUGUUUUCAUUAUAAAUAUUCGUAUAGAGAACAAACGCGCAGGUUUAAAAUUUGUAUUAGUGGAACUGUGUACAAAUGUUAAAUGACAUUUUAUAAACGGAGUCUAAGACAAAAAUAUGUAUAAGUUUCCAAACAAAAUAGCCAUCGCUCCUUUCUAAUUGUAUUUGAUAAACAACAACAUAUAUGAAUGCAAUGUGUACAAAACAAAAACUGAGAGCUGAUUCUAUUUAAAUUUCAACAUUUUACAUUUCUAACAACUAAUUACUUCAUUAUUUGUGAAUUUUAGUCUGAAAUGUGAGGUUAUUUAGAAUGUAUUUUUUCAUACUUUGAACAAAUUCUUUGAAAUAGCCUAGGAUAAGUACGUCUAUAAUUGGUAUAGCAUUCAGGUAAAAAUUAAAUGAGCUCUUUGGAUCUAGUCGUCAUUUCUGAAAUCAAUAGUACUUAUGAAUACAGUCUCUAAAGGUAUCGAGUUUAUUUAAUAUCUGUAGCUCGAUAUUUAAUCUAUAUAAAAACAUUGUGAUUUAGUUAACUUCGUACCUAUUCGGUCCAUUGUUUAGAUAGUAAAUUUAAUAAAAUUUCGAAAUCUAUCGAAUUUCAAUUGUUUAUGUAUUAGGAGUGCAAUUAUUGUUCAGUUCUAUUAUGUAUCUAAUUAAUAUAAUUAUUGUGGCAAUUUUUUUUUUGUACGUGAGUUAUUUUAUAUAUAUAUUAGACUUUCAUAUUAGAAGCAUAGUAUUUUAUUAUAUAAAACUUAUUUAUUCAAUGAAGAUCUUGAAAAUUAUUUUUCCAUUGCAAUUUUUUUAACUAACAAGUGACCCCGAUUAUUCCUAAAUUCAACAGUGAUAUGUGAUGAGUAUCUUUUUUAUGAAAUCAACAUAUCAAAGUGAGUUGAAAAUAACAAUUUUGAAUAUGUUAACAAUUGUAAUGGACUUGGUAUGUUUGUAUGUGUAACUAGUUGCACCGGACGUGCCAAACCUUAACCAGGCAUUCUCUGCUUCCACUUCCGAUUAUAUAACGACUCGUCUAUCUAAAAUAUUCCGUUUAGUGUGUAAACAGUUAUUAGAUUGUAAGUUAUUUUAUUGUUUAGGUAAUGUAUGUCUUAACCCUAGAAUUAAAGUAUAAAAAAAACUUAGCCGUGUAAUUUUUAGCGAAGUGUAUGUCGCGUGUAUAUGAAUGUUUUGGUGAUACCAUUGUGAAAAAAUGAUAAGAAUUAGAAUUUAAUUUCGUUGAUGUGAAACUGGUGCUGUGAGAUUCAAAUGCUUGCGACAUACAAUAAAAAAAAUGAGAAUCUGUAUUCGUGACUGGGAUAUAUUUUGUCAAUGUGAUUUUGAAAUUAUUUUAUACUGUGACUCGAAAUGUGUUGCUUGCAAGACAACAGCUGUACUCAACGCGACUGAUGUUCCUCGUAACUUGAUGUUCAUAAACUGAACCCUUAUAAUCAUCCUUUGUUAAAAUUUAUAUCAUGGUAUAAAAUAGGAAAAUAAAAAUGUGUGUAACUAGACACUUAAA